UUCUCUCCUCGACGAAUUAUUACGAGGUGUGUUUUGCGGUGUAUGAAAGCGUGCCAGAAAUCCUGCUUUCGCCCAGAAUCGAAUCGUCCGGCUGUACCUCAAUCAGACUCGCGAACGCAGCUGCAGUCUCAUGGCCGCAUCAACCCGGGCCAUCACUCCCAGCCAAACCGGACCAUUCACGGCAUCGGGUGUAGCUCCUGCGACCCCGAACGCCUCCUCUCUCCAACCCGACGCAAAUUCAACCAUCGCAGCUCUGCGCGCGUCGUCCAAGUCGCCCAGCGCCAUCUCUCCUCGCUCAUCUCCGCAGCCCCUCACCGGAACUGCUGCCUUAGCCGAGCAGCGCGCCGAGAAGGAACGAAAGGCUCGCGAAGAAGCACGUAACAUAUCACACAACCCCGCCACGACAGCGCUGAAUGCGCUUUUGAAGUCUGAAUCAAUGAGUCGACCGACAGAUGGCCCAGUUGCUCCCGCAGCUCAAAUGAGCAAACCUUUACAGCAGGUGGCGAAAAGUAUUGUGAUACCCGAAAACGUUACCUCAGACACGAUGCAGACAAGCCCAGUGAGUCUGUCCAGCUUCGGUUCAAGCGAGAGUACUACUGCUCCAACCGCGACCGCGAACGAUACCACGACGGCUCCCUUUCCCCUUCUAGAUCCCGCAGUAGCUGGUCAAGAACGCCCGCAAGAAAACAAUCACGCCCCAUCGCAGGCGGGCCUUGCUCCACCACCACAAGAGAAUGCCUCAAAUAGAUCAAUGACUUUCCCUGGGCCGCUACCACUCGAUGGAGAUCCGCGCGCUCCACAGCGGGGCAUGAGUCUUCCAAUGUCGGGCUUCCAGAACAAUCCCAAGUCACCUUCGACAAAACGCCACAAAUGUCCAUACUGUGCAACGGAUUUCACGCGCCACCAUAACCUGAAGAGCCACUUGCUUACACACAGUCAAGAGAAGCCAUACGAAUGUCCAGACUGCCACGCAAGGUUCAGACGUUUGCACGACCUGAAACGUCACACGAAGCUUCACACCGGUGAACGCCCACAUAUAUGUCCAAAGUGUGGCAGAAGAUUUGCAAGAGGCGAUGCACUAGCUCGUCACAAUAAAGGCCAAGGCGGGUGCGCGGGAAGGCGAUCAAGCCUUGGUAUGGAUGAUGAAAUGGGUGACGGUCGUGGUGAAGAAAUGGAUGGUGUUGAAUACCAGCAUGGCGAUCGAGAAAACGAAGACGGUCAAGACGCUACCGAUCGCCGGAUCAGUGAACCCACCCGACGUGGAAGCGCCCGUCAAGAUUCCAUGGCGGGAUUCCAGCCACAUGGAAGCACUUACCCACCUGUCAUGGCUGUAAACAGAAAUCCAGGGAACAGUGUUCGACCCAUAUACCCACCGACCACUGCAGGAACACGUGAUCAGUCGAUGAACCUCAGUCCAAAGCCUAACAGUCUCUCCACGGCGCAUUUUGCGUCUGCCCAGCCUUCAGGUGUCUAUUCUCACACUGGAAUGACAGAAAGUCCCAAGCCAAUCUCGCCCGGUCAGACUGACCACAAGAGGCUUGGCUCGACAGGAGGACCUUCGGUUCCUGGGGGAAGAUCACCAAACAUGUCACAACACAUGAAUCCUCAUUCGUUCGCCCAAGGAGCCGGCCGUGGUGCUUCUCUUCCUCCGCCUCAUGGGCUGGCAAAUGCGCCGCAGUUACCACAAUUACCUGGUCUUGCCCCAAGUACUGGCACUACAGACCCGCGGCUCGCGGUCAUGCAACCAAAUGCUUCAAACCCAGGUAGUACCUCAAGUCAUGGCGCGAGCAGUGGCGGUAGUAUGCGUGAGAUCAUGGGAGGCUCGCGCGACAAUGACAUGUGGAUUGCUCUUCGGGACAUGGAACGGGCAAAUUCACAGCGCCAAGCUGAAUACGAAGCUCGCAUUGCUCAGCUUGAGCGUGAACUUGCAACCGUGCGGGCACAGCUACCGGCAAAUCAAAUACAGCAACUACAGCAACAGUCACAGCCACCACCGCAGCCACAGCUGGCGUCAUCUUCGCAAACAGGCUCCGCAACUUGAGUUUGGUCCGAUCCUAUUGCAGCUGAUCAAACACUGCCCAGCUUGUAAUCUUCGACCCUACCCCUGGCUUCUUAACCGCUUUGAAAUACGACUUU